AUGACAGAGCUAUCUCUGGAAGCUGAAAUGCGACGUUUAAAACCCCUCGUGUUAACAGAACCCCUGGAAGGGGAAUCAAAAAAGAAAGAUUUAGAGCCUGAGUCAAUCGAUAGUUGGGAGCAACUUGAAGGUGAAAGAGACAUAACUUUGGGCUUUGUUGAUUUAUUGCGUGAUGAUUUUGUUGAACAAGAUCGAAGUUGCAGUAUUUAUUUCACUCAAGAUUGGGUCUCUUUACCUGGUGUUAUACCUGUGGCUUCAGGAGGUAUUCAUGUUUGGCAUAUGCCUGCUCUGACCGAGAUCUUUGGGGAUGAUUCCAUACUACAGUUCGGUGGAGGAAAUUUAGGACAUCCUUGGGGUAAUGCGCCAGGUGCCGUAGCUAAUCGAGUAGCUCUAGAAGCAUGUGUAAAAGCUCGUAAUGAAGGACGCGAUCUUGCUCGAGAAGGUAAUGAGAUUAUUCGCGAGGCUUCCAAAUGGAGCCCAAAACUAGCUGUUGCUUGUGAGGUAUGGAAAGAGAUUGUAUUUCAUUUUGCAGCAGUGGACAUUUUGGAUAAGUAA